UGCGUUUUGCUCCUCUUUGCUGCAAAACGCACCGUUUCUUCUUUCUCUUUUCUUUCGUCAAAUAGACUCCUGGGGUUUUCCUUUCAAAAAAAAAAAAAGACUCCUGGGGUUUAUGAAAGUUUGAAUCUUUCAAUGCAAAACCUCUCUCGCAAAUUCUCAACUCUCCCAAUUCCCAAGCUUUCACCUUCACACCCACAACCCGCCACACCCUUCACCCCAUACUCUGAGAUUCAGCAUUGCCGUAAGAUCUUAGAGCACAAAAUCAUUACUAUUCUAGACGUGUGCAACACCCUCAACCAUGUCAAGCAGGUUCACGCUCACGUCAUCGGAAAUGGGCUCAGCCAAUACAGCUACGUCAUCACCAAGCUCGUCCGCACGCUCACCAAGCUCGGAGUCCCAAUGCCCACCUACCCGGAACUCGUCUUCCGGCAGGUGUUGCACCCGAACCCGUUUCUCUGGGCGGCUAUGAUUAGAGGGUGUGCAAUUGAAGGAACUGUUUCUGAAGCGGUCAAGUAUUACACUUUGAUGAGGAGGGAGGGCACUGGGCCGGUUUCGUUUACGUUCUCGGCGCUGUUCAAGGCCUGUGGGAGUGGUCUGGAUGUGAACUUGGGCCGGCAGAUACAUGCGCAGACGGUUUUGAUCGGUGGGUUUGUGGCGGAUUUGUACGUGGGGAACACUAUGAUUGAUAUGUAUUUGAAGUGUGGGUUUCUGGAUUGUGGGCGCAAGGUGUUUGAUGAAAUGCCUGAGAGGGAUGUGGUUUCGUGGACCGAGUUGAUUGUGGCGUAUGCCAAGAGUGGGGAUAUGGAGUCGGCGAGGGACUUGUUUGAGGAUUUGAGUUUGAAAGAUAUGGUGGUGUGGACGGCUAUGGUUACUGGUUAUGCCCAGAAUUCGAUGCCGAAAGAGGCGUUGGAUUGCUUUGAGAGAAUGCGAGGUGCUGGUGUAGGGCUCGAUGAGGUUGCAUUGCUCGGGGUCAUUUCGGCUUGUGCACAAUUGGGUGCUUCCAGGUAUGCUAAUUGGGUUCGAGCCAUUGCUGAGGAAUCUGGUUUUGGGGCAACUCAGAAUGUGCUUGUGGGAUCUGCAUUGAUAGAUAUGUUCUCCAAGUGUGGGAGCUUGGAUGAUGCAUACAAUAUUUUUCAGGGGAUGAAGCAAAGGAAUGUGUUUUCUUAUAGCUCGAUGAUUUGGGGAUUUGCAGUGCAUGGAAAUGCCAAUGCAGCGAUAGGAUUGUUUCAUGAGAUGCUGACCACUGAUGUAAGGCCGAACCGGGUUACUUUUAUAGGUGUGCUAACUGCCUGCAGCCACGCGGGGAUGGUUGAUCAAGGUCGGCAGUUAUUUGCAACGAUGGAGAAGUAUUACAAUAUCACUCCAUCAGCUGAUCAUUACACUUGUAUGGUAGACUUGCUUGGUCGAGCUGGGCGCUUGGAAGAAGCUCUCGAGCUAGCUGAGACAAUGCCGAUAGUCGCACAUGGAGGUGUGUGGGGAGCACUACUUGGUGCGUGCCGUAUCCAUAAGAACCCCGACAUUGCUCAAAUUGCUGCCAGCCAUCUAUUUGAGCUUGAACCUAAUAAUAUUGGAAACUAUGUGAUGCUCUCCAACAUAUAUGCAUCAGCAGGAAGGUGGGAUGAUGUUUCAAGUGUUAGGAAGCUGAUGAGAGAAAAGGGUCUGAAAAAAAACCCUGCAUAUAGCUGGGUUGAAACAAAGAACGGACACGAAAAGUUUUGUGCAGGUGAAACGAGUCACCCCGAAUACAACAAGAUUAAGAAGGCGUUGGAGGAUCUUCUAAACAGAUUGCAGGAUCUUGGCUAUAGGCCAAACCUAAAUUCGGUGGAUUAUGAUGUGGGGGAUGAAGAAAAGAUGCGUAUAUUGAUGGCUCAUAGCGAAAAACUGGCUUUGGCAUACGCAUUGCUCUACGCAGAUUCUGGUUCCACCAUUAAGAUCGCCAAGAACAUAAGGAUUUGUGAAGACUGUCACGCCUUCAUGUGUGGUGCAUCACGGGUUACAGGAAGGCAUAUUAUUGUCAGAGAUAACAUGAGAUUCCACCACUUCGAAAAUGGGACUUGUAAUUGCGGCAACUUUUGGUGAUUCAAGUACUGUUGGGAGUGUAUUUAACCAAGAUUAUGGAGCAAGAUUUGAUAAGCGGAAAGCUGGCUCGGAAACGCAAUUCUAGCUGCCUCAAUAUCUCAUAGCUAAGGCUGGUAACCAUAUAUAAGUCUACAAAACCCUUCAAAAUAUUUUCAUAGAGCUUUUUCUUGGUGCCUUGAGCCUUUGAUUGAAGCCUCAAGCAAGGUUAAUACAGUCUCUGUUUCGCACAUCUUUUGUAUGAGGUGACUAAUUAUAGGUGUUUAAUGGGCUGGAUCCUUUUCCUCAGUAGCGGUGGGUGAACAAGAACAUUAGACGGCAAAGUUCAGAGGCUCAAUGAGCACAGAUCAACAUAUAUAAACGAUUACAGUGAGCAUUUUUCUAUUUCUUGCUUUCCAAAUCCUUCCCUUACAACCUUGUGGACCUUAUACACAACACUGCUUAUUAUACCAGUAGUACUAUAGGUGCAUAGGUGCUUAUCAACUUAUUCAGCUAUCAACAAGCAUUUACAUUAGAUGCAUAUAUAGAUAGUCCAUCGAUCAGUCGAUUUAAUGGUGGCCGGGAAGCUUCUCUUUGAUCUUGUCCAUCAUGCCCUUCUUCUCAUGGGCUCUGGUAUCAAACGGUGGCGUAUUAGUUGUGCCGCUAUGGUCACUGUUGCUGCCUGGCAGCUUCUCCUUAUAUUCUCCUUCAAACCCUUCUUCUUCCUCCUCCCGCCGUACCCAUCAUCCUCAGACUAUAAGUUCAUAACCAAUCUAACAUCGAUCACCUAAUUAAUUCAAACACAAAAGUCAAUUGAUUAGCAUGCAAAGAGUGAUCGAGACUCACAGAGCUUGAGCUGUCAGAGAGGUGAAGCGGGACGCCGUGACCGCCCGCCGUUGUUGCAGCGAAGGCAGUUGGCUCAGUGGCCGUGCCAUGAGUUCCGUACCUUGUUCGAUCUAGUGUCAUGAGUGCCGUACCCGCCGGUUGCUUCAGUUACACCGUGGUGAACCGGGUCUUCAGUCCCGCAGAUCGGGUUUCCAAACUCGUCAGUGGUCUUGUCUCUGCUGUACUCACUCUGGUAAUGCGCCAUGUUGAUCAGUUUCCCAAAGACGCAAACAGUUUUUGUGCAAAUGAUCGAAAUUGUAUCUGAUGAUGUGAUUAUUAGAGCAAGUAUUUUGGAAGAUGGAUUGGAAUGGGACUUGAUUCGUUUGUAUAGGGAACCUCUGCAUGGACACGUACGUACGACUGAGGGCGUGGAACUGCCCGGAGGCGACGAUGUACGACUGAGUCGAUACGGAUAAGCUAAGAGAAGUUUUUGUCUCCUAGCCAGCAGGGGAAACUAAGCUCGUGGUGCACCUCAUUGCGUCGAUAAUUAGGAUUUGUGAAGAUUAAUGCCAUGGCUUCAUGGUGGUGCAUCACAUGCUGGCUGAAACAAUGCCAAUAGUCGCCCAUGGGGGUGUGUGGGGAGCACUACUUGGUGCGUGCCGUAUCCAUAAGAACCCCGACAUUGCUCAAAUUGCUGCCACCUAGCCCUGGCAACGUGCGGGUUCUUAAUGGGCUGACCCGAUAAAAAUCCGUUAGCUUAACUGGUUUUGCGGGCUAAACCCGGCGGGUUUGCGGGUUAUCCGUUGGAACCCGUUAAGACCUGUAAACUUUUUUUUUUUAACUUUUUA